UCUCACUGAGAGAAGGCCAAGGGUUUGCAGCGCUGUCAACAAACCAAAGGGUGUCUGUGUUUUUAACUACAUAAUUCAAUACAUUUUGCUUCAUGUAUCUGAUGUCUUGUAUGUAUCUACAAUAAAGAAGUAAACAAAAAAACACAACUGAAUGCAAUGGUGUGUUUAAACCUUUGGCUGAUACUAGUAUGUGCAUAUAUAAUUCUGCCAGAGGUUGCUCAAAUCACAAGACAGCUAUGAUCACAGACCUAACAUAUGACUUCAUAGUGACUGUAGUAAACCACUCUAACAAACAGUUACCAAUUAAAAAUCUCCUUUCUCCAAUUAAAAGCAUAUGCCGUGAAGUUUGAGAGGAGUGAGAUUGGAAAAUCCUCUGGUUUAAUAGUGUUAAUCUUUCUUGUGUUUGGGGCUGACGACAGCUACUUGUCAAGUCGGGUGUGACUGAACUUCAUCGGCGUUGUACAACACCCAGUGGCCUAAGAGGUCAGCAACACCCAAGGAACAAAAGGGCACCAUCCUGCCAUAAAACCAUAAAUCAGUGACAAAGUUUUCAAGUACCGUAUACUUCUGUCUGUUAGGGUUAAAUUUACAGUAGGAUCACCCUACAUUAACUCUCUUUGUAUGCUCAAUCUGGAGCUCCACUUUGGCAACAAUGACUCACACAAACUUUGAGGGGCCUCUGAGUACAAAUUCUGGAUGUAUGCACCUUCGCUUCUUGUCCCAAGUAUUUUACGCUGCUCUGAUGUAUGGAGCAACACAAAAAGUCAUCAAAUUAACUUCUGAAACAUAUGAAAGUAUCUAUGCAAAUCAAAAGGACCAGCUGAUUAAGCUGGGGGAAAAUAUGUAAUAAAAGAAUCUCCUAUUAUAAAUUACUAUCAGUUUUUAUUCCAUCUCAUAAAUUUUGCUUCUCCCCCUCCUUAACCACACACUCUCCUCUCUUCGAACCUUACUCUUAGUCACCAAAUGGAUGUGUCAUUGUUUCUAUCUCUUUGGAGGUUCAUGCUCAUUGAAGCGCAUCGAGGUGAUCUCCGGAGUGCCACAGCAGCGCCAAGUCGUUCCCCCACAUACGCCACUGACCGGGGCAAGCCUGUGGGCCACAUGCUGCAACGGACCACUCCUCCACGCCAUCGCCGCUCAGCCCGCCCGGGAUAGGUAUAAAUUUAGGAACACGAGACCAGAGCCUGGACUCUUACAGAACCAAGACGAGAUGAAGCCUGCCGGCAUCAACUGGACCCUGGCUGUGGUCAGCCUUCUUUUGUGGAGCAGUGGAGCAUCCGCAGCACCAACUGAGUGUCACAUCAACCUCAGAGCCUUAUGCAUGUUUGAAGGGAGACACUAUGCACUGGGUGAAACCUGGGUGGAUGACACCUGCAUGCAGUGUACCUGUCUGCACCCUGUCGGGGUGGGCUGCUGCGAGAUGGCCCAUCGGCCAGUGGACUUCCCAGCGUGGUGUGAGGUUCGAGUGGAGUCAGUCACAUGUAAAGUGUCUCUGGUCCAAACAGCUGACCCCCGGCUGCCCUGUUUCCCUGACGACCUACAGGACCCCAGCCAUGGGUCUCUCCCGCUGCAGCAACAGCUCAAAGAGUAGAACAGCUUCAGACAGCUUUCCUGCUAUUAGAUAAUCAUUCAAAUCAUUCAAGCUCUUUCAUAAAAAAGUAUUUAAUCUUUCCAUAAUGUAGAACACGCUUACAGGAGGCAAGCCACUAUUUCAGUCAUUUUAUACAAUUAUUUUAUUCUUCAUUGUGCCAAA